GUGGGAGAGGCCACCAACUCUCGGAUGUAGCUGCAGAAAGGAACACGUGCGAAGUGGCCGUAGAGUGAAAGUUUUUAUGUCUGACAAAACUAUUAGCCUUGGGAAAGAAGUCGGGGACCUGCACUUUGUGUUCUGAAUAUCGAGGACAGAUUGAUUGCUCAAGACACACGCCAAGGCUUGUCCAGGAUUGAGAAAGAAUCUGCUUCCUGGUUUAAAAAUGCUCGCCAUCCGCAGAGGUAUGUUCACAAUAAGCGAUGCGGCGUCGCUGGCCGACACCCAGGCUCAUUUCAAGGCCGUGAAACCUUGGUGGGAUGUUCUUAUGGAUUAUGUCCUUAUAAUUAUGCUUAUGACAGCUUUCUUCUCUGCAACACUUCUUAUCACUAUGGAUAAAGUUGUAUGUAUGCCCAAGACUACAAAGCUUACCAAGAACAUGUCAAAUGACUUUAGUGAAGCUGGCACGAUAACACAACCUACUCCAGCUAUUCGGAAAGAUAUUGGUCACUUGACUAACUUAGACUACCAGCAGUAUAUGUAUGUGAGCGCUGUGUGCUACCACAAAGUCGUACCAUGGCAGUCCAAAUAUUUUCCCUACUUGUCUCUCAUCAAUACUUUAUUGCUGCUGGUCAGCAGUAAUUUCUGGUUCAAGUAUCCCAAAACAUCUUCUAAGAUUGAACUCUUUAUUUCCAUCCUGAGCAAAUGUUUCGAAUCUCCAUGGACCACUAAAGCACUUGAAGAAACUAGUGACCAGCCGCCUCCAGAGCACAACCGACAAAAGUCCAGCAGUUCACGCUCUAUGGACCUCUCACCUAGGACACCAUUGAUAAGGGAAACACCAUUUUCAUUUGUGCCACUUCAGGUGUCCACCAUCUUGGACAAAAAGGAGGAAGAGCAAGCCAAGGCUUUAUUUGAGAGGAUACGCCAUUUUCGAGCUCAUGCCGAGGACUCGGAUAUGGUGUAUAGAGCUUAUAUUGGUCAGACUGUUUUCAAAGUAGUUGCACUGGCUAUAAUCCUUGGGUACUCACUAAGUUUGGUAGGCUCAUUUAGCUUCCACCAUCUUUGUAAACCAGGCAUACGGAAUUUCAUGGGAUAUUCUAUGUUUAAAUGUACACAUAAUUUAGCCUUCAUACUAGAAAAACUUCUGCUAACCUAUAUUUUGCUUGUUUCUGUCUAUGCUUUCCUAUCUGCUUAUGCGUUGUUUUGGUUACUUACCAGUUCGCUUAAGGUGUACUCAUUUGAUACAAAUAGCGAAGGAUCAGGAUUUAGUGAUAUUCCUGAUGUGAAAAAUGAUUUUGCCUUCAUGUUACACAUGGUAGACCGCUACGACACUUUGUACUCAAGGAGAUUCUCUGUGUUUCUCUCUGCUAUAAGUGAAGGGAGGCUCAGGGAGCUUGCACUUAAUUCCGAGUGGCCAGCAGAGAAACUGAGACAGAUGAUCAAUAAGAACACCAAUGGCCGCUAUGAGCUGCAAUUGAGCAUGAUCCCAGUGAUACCAAAAGAUGUUUAUGAACUGAGUGAGAUUGAGGUCCUCAAGCUCGAACUGAUCUCAUCUGCAAAGAUAGUAGGAGCAGUGUCUCAUCUCAAGUCUCUCUCAGAGCUCCAUAUCAGUCAUUGCUCAGUCAAAAUGGACCCUGAGGCAUUUUCUUGCAUUCGGGAGCGGUUAAAAGUGCUUCAUGUUAGAUUCACAGACAUGGAAGAACUUCCAUCUUGGAUGUACUCUUUGAAGAAUGUAAGUCAAUUGCAUCUUUCUGGCAACCUCAAUUGCUCCAACAAUAAGUCCAUUCGUCUACAGUCUCUUCGUGGAUUGACUGGGCUUAGAUCUCUGUUUCUAACAAGUAACCUGUCUCAUCUAUCUUCUGCAGUGCUGGAUGUGGCUGGGCAGCUGUCCAAGUUGAGCAUACAGAAUGGAGACACCGAGCUUGGGUCACUAGGUCAACUGAAAAGAAUGAAUCGUUUAUUGGAGCUUACACUUUGCCACUGCAAGAUCUCAAAAAUCACUGGUGUCCUUGUUGGCUUACCAAAUUUACAAUCUAUUGAUUUGACAUCCAACCAGCUGCAAUACGUUGAUGACCUAGGAACUCUUCAGCGGCUCCGAAACCUGAGCAUCUUAAGACUAUCCCACAAUGCUAUCAAUCGUCUCCCAGCAUCUAUUGAGUUUCUACGUAAUUUGGAAGAGCUAUACAUUUCCCACAAUAAACUGGAGAAUUUACCAGUUUCUCUUUGUAAUCUUGUUAGAUUAAGACACUUAGAUGUGAGCUAUAAUCACAUCCGACAUAUCCCCCAUGAAAUUGGUCACCUAACCCGGUUGGAGACACUGGCAAUCACAUCUAAUCAGAUCUCUUUCUUACCACGUGAGCUGUUCCGUUGCUCUAGACUGAGAUCCCUCCAUGUUGGCUCCAACAAACUUACUAGUGUACCGCCUGAGAUCGGACAGCUGCCGCUCCUGUCUAGCUUGGACCUUAUGGGCAACAACUUGACUGAAUUGCCAGAGGAAAUAACAAAUUGUUUACAGCUAAAGAAAGGAGGGAUUGAUGUGGAAGCAUAUGUUUUAGGAACAUUACCUCCAGAAUUGAGGAAAAAAUACUUGUAAAUGAAUAAUCGAAAAAAAUGAACAAACUUUUUUGGUGAUAGGUCCAACUUAGGUCUUAACUUGACCUAACAUAUUAAGACUGUAGCUAUAAGGGGUUUAAAGUCUUUGGCAUUUACUGCACUGCAUAUGCACUAAUUUAACAAAUAUUACCUCUCCAGUGAAUAGGUGAUAAUUACUUCUAACCGGAUUACCCCUUUAAAGGUGUAUUCCACAGAAUUUUUUUUAUUUUUCCAUUCAGCCUGGCUGCGAAAAUAUAAAUUACAAACGUCUAUUCACUUCCUGGCGCUCCCCCAGUGUGCGGUACCACUCUCCUAUGUUCUGGGCCCGGUAUUCUUCCGCAUUCUGGGGCCGGAUUUGUCACACUGCACUGAGCUUAUCGUUGGCCACAGUGAUGUCCCGCUUCUGCUGAUGAAACACUGAGCAGCAGUGUCAUGUAACGGGCCCUGGCCCAAAAUUUUUCCCUGGUGCCCGGGUCUGUUACAUCAUACUGCAGCUCAG